AUGGUCUUCGUCUGGUACAACGUCCUUGUCAACUUCAGUCCUCCCCUGAGACCACAGCUCACGCGGGACGCUGGCGUUGACAUACCGAUCCGCAUACAACGUUUCUGGGGCCAGUACUCGCCUUACUAUCCCGCCGGCGAAUACGUACCAGCACCGACAGGUUGUAAUGUCACUCAGGUCAACAUCCUACAUCGUCACGGCGCACGAUACCCCUCGCAUUCCGACGCUCCCGGGUACAUGGCAGCGGUCGCGAAGCUGCUCGAAGCGAACAAGUACAAAGUGCCCGAGCUCGAGUUCCUCAAAGACUACGAGUACGUCCUGGACGAGGACCAUCUGCUCCCGCUCGGCGCGGAGCAGAGCUGGGAGUCCGGCAUCGAGGCAUACGAGCGGUAUACAAGGUUAGUCAGGAGUGCCAGCGACAUCUUCGUGCGGGCCUCAGACCAGGAGCGUGUCGUCGACACGGCGGGCAACUGGACGCAAGGAUUUGCCGACAGCAGUCAUGGGAAGGUCAAGCCUGUAGUGGACCUGCUCCUGUCAGAGAAGGUGAAUGACACACUGGACAACAAUUGCCCGAACGCAUCCGAGGCGGAGGAAGAGAUGGCGACCUGGUUGCACCAGUUCGCGCCGCCGAUCGCGAAGCGCCUGAGAAAGGCCGCACCCGGCGCGAACGUAUCCGAGGACGAUACCUUCGGCUUGAUGGCGAUGUGCCCCUUCGAGAGCAUCGCAAACGCUAACGCCGAACCACAUCUCAAGAAGAAUGCACAUAGCAAGUUCUGCAACUUGUUCGCGGAAGACGAGUGGCCUGCGUUUGAGUACCACGGAGACAUAGAGAAGUACUACAAGACUGGUCCUGGCAACUCUCUCGGCCCCGUCCAAGGCAUCGGCUAUGUCAACGAACUCCUCGCCCGCCUGACCGACUCGCCCGUACAGGACCGCACACAGCACAAUGCCUCGCUGCCCUUCCCGCUACACAAGCGACUCUACGCAGACUUCACGCACGAGAACCUCAUGGUCGCCGUAUACGCCGCGAUCGGCUUGUUCAACGUUGAGGAGGGAGAGGCGCCGAACCCGCGGAAGAUACCCAAGCACUGGGAGCACAGGGUGUGGCGCGCGAGCAGGAUGGUGCCGUUCUCGGCCAGGAUGGUCGUGGAGAGGCUAGAGUGCGGGCGUGUGCGGGCUGAGGACGAGGAGGAAGAGGGGUGGGUGAUUCUGGCAGGUGACGCUGGGGCUGAGGAGACGGAGACAGAGACGUUCGUGAGGAUCUUCGUGAACGACGCGCUGCAGCCCCUCGAGUUCUGCGGCGCGAAGACGCGCGGGGGAUGUGCCGGCUAG